CUUAGGUUGCAGUGAGCCUAUGGAUAUAGUGCUUUUACUUGAUACAACUCUAAACAAUUCAACACAAAAUGAAGAGUUCAAAACGUUUUUAUUAGAUUUAGUCGAAGAUUUUCAAAUUGACUGUGGAACUCCUAGGGUAGCCUUCGUGUCAUUUAGUUCCAGUCCAGUCCUACAUUUUAGACUUGAUAAAUACUCUUCUAAAGCGGACAUGAAGUCGGCCAUAAAAUCUGCAAUUUUUACGCCAGGAGAAAGAAACUUUGCAGAUGCGUUCCAUUUGCUUCACAGGCAGGUAUUCUUUGCGCCUUAUGGCGAUAGACCGGAUGCACCAAAUGUUAUCCUUUUGAUAACAACAGGAAAUUCCGAGAGAAAAAAAUAUGAAGCAUCACAACAAAUACAGUUUUUAAAAGACCAAAACAGCAUACUGGUCGUAUCGAAAGGGGUCAAGGACAUGACGGAAAUUCACUCUUUUGCCAGCGACCCUCAUUUGGAGAAUACAUAUGAACUAACACAAUCGGAGAACAUUAGUUUAAUCAAAGACCUAGCGUAUGUUGGAAUUUGCUCAUUAACUACUACUUAUAAUUAUGAUAAUGAGGAUAUGGAAGGGUCUGCAGUAACGGCCACAGUGAAUAAAAUUGUUAGCACGAAACCAAGCAUCGUUUAUGAAUAAUCAACACCUGACAUACAAAUUACAAACGGCAUUGAUAGUAAGUAUGAAAGAAGAGGAUGAGGAAUUUGCCUGUAGAUGUUUGACAUAAAUAUCUAACAAGGCAUUGUAACGGAGAGGAA